CAAACUGCCCACCCACCAAAACUGAAACCCCAAAACUCCUCAAAAGUCAAGCAUGUUCACUCACUCCGCGACAUUGCCAAACGCUGCCCAGCAGGUUUCGAAGACCACCACACGGCGUCGUUUCGGCUCCCUCCUCCUCCACUUCUCAGUUCUCAGCUCCGCCGGUCGCCGGCUGCGGCUCGGAUCUGAGUAACAGUUUCCUUAGCUUAGUCCUCGUUGGUAUGCGGUGGUUGAACGAUGGCCGGCGCCGAUUCUAGUAAGAAGAGCCGGCCGGGCCCGUGGCCGCCCGCUCCGGCGGCAAUGCCGGCUUCUUCCUGGGCGAAGCGAACCGGAUUCCGCCCCAAGUUGUCCGGGGAGACCAAUGCCAGUAACUCCGGACAAAUUGAGCUCCGGCCGCAAGAUCAGCCCCCGGCCAGGCCCAGGGCCAGGGACGGGGAGGCGAAUCUGGAUCUUGAAGCGGGGAGGGUUAGGUCUGGGAAUGAUAGGGUUAACGGGGAGCAGCAGGCGGAGAGGGAUCGACCGGCGAGAAAGAGGAGGGAAUCCGACGGGGGCGGAGUGGCGCCGAAGAGUGUGGGAACCAAUGAACAGGUGGUGGCUGCCGCUGCGACGGCGGAGCCUGCGAGUAAGGCUGGUGGCGGGCACCAGCGGCAGCCCAGUCGAAGAACAUUGAGGAGCGAAGAGGCCGUUGAUAUGCUUCCGCAAUCCGUGGAGGAUGAUGGUUUCCAGAGGCAUUCGCAUUUGAAGUACGAGCUUAGAGAUUCCCCUGGUUUUGUUCCUAUUGGGUUCUAUGGCUUGCAGCAUUAUCUCUCAAUAUUGGGUUCAUUGGUACUAAUUCCACUUGUGAUCGUUCCGGCAAUGGGUGGCACCUAUGAGGAUACAUCAAAUGUUGUCUCCACUGUGCUUUUUGUGUCCGGAGUUUCGACACUUUUGCACACAUUUUUUGGCUCAAGGCUGCCACUUAUACAAGGUCCUUCAUUUGUUUAUCUUGCACCUGCACUUGCAAUAAUCAACUCCCCAGAGUUCUUAAGAUUGAAUGGAAAUAGUUUUACGCAUAUCAUGAAAGAGUUACAGGGAGCCAUAAUAAUUGCUUCAUCGUUUCAAGCAAUACUGGGGUACAGUGGGCUUAUGAAGAUAUUUUUGAAGUGGAUUAAUCCAGUCGUUGUUGCUCCUACUAUUGCUUCUAUCGGACUGUCUUUUUACAGUUAUGGCGUCCCCCGAGUUGGUGCCUGUCUUGAAAUUGGUGCUGUGCAGAUCUUACUAGUCAUUAUUUUUUCUCUUUAUCUUCGAAAGGUUGCUAUUUUGGGCCACCGUGCAUUCUUAAUUUAUGCAGUUCCAUUGAGUCUAGCUAUAACGUGGAUUGUAGCUUAUUUCCUAACUGAAGUGGGAACCUAUAACUACGAAGGAUGUGAUGUGAACGUACCAGCUUCGAAUAUAAUAUCUGCUCACUGCAGAAAACAUGUUUCUAGGAUGAAGAGCUGCCGGGUUGAUACGUCCCAUGCAUUAAGAGCUUCUCCGUGGUUUAGAUUUCCAUAUCCUUUACAAUGGGGACUGCCCAUCUUCCGUUGGAAAAUGGGUCUUGUAAUGUGUGUGGUCACCAUAAUCUCUUCAGUUGAUUCGGUCGGUUCAUAUCAUGCAUCAUCAUUGUUGGUGGCAUCUAGACCACCCACACCUGGUGUUUUGAGUCGAGGGAUUGGUCUUGAAGGCCUGACUAGCCUCUUGGCUGGUCUGUGGGGUACAGGAACUGGGUCUACGACUUUGACUGAGAAUGUGCACACCAUUGCUGUCACUAAGAUGGGAAGCCGCACAACAGUUUCACUUGGAGCAGUUGCUCUGAUCAUUUUAUCCCUUGUGGGCAAAGUUGGUGGGUUUAUUGCUUCAAUUCCUGAAGUCAUAGUUGCAGCUCUGUUGUGCUUUAUGUGGGCGAUGCUCACGGCAUUGGGCUUGUCAAACUUAAGCUACAGCGAGGCAGGGAGUUCAAGAAACAUAAUUAUUGUCGGAUUAUCAUUGUUUUUUGCCCUCUCAAUACCAGCCUACUUCCAAGACUAUGGCAUCUCCCCAAACAGCAAUUUGUCUGUUCCUAGUUAUUUUCAGCCUUAUGUUGUUGCUUCCCAUGGUCCCAUCCACACCAAAUAUGGAGGGCUAAACUAUAUCUUGAACACAUUGUUUUCAUUGCACAUGGUGAUUGCUUUUCUAGUGGCGGUGAUCCUUGACAAUACCGUGCCGGGCAGCAGCCAGGAAAGAGGGGUGUACACAUGGUCUGAGCCUGAGGCUGCUACAAGGGAACCUGCCAUUGCUAAAGACUACGGAUUGCCUUUUCGAGUAGGGAAAUUAUUCAGAUGGGUAAAAUGGGUCGGGCUUUAGCACGCCGGUCACCCAAUCACCCGCAACACACUGUUUUCACCCAAUGCCCAUUUAUGGUGUGAGUGUAGGCUGCAGGGCUUAUAGAGGGGUAAGGUCAUAUAUUGGAGGUGCUGUAUUGAUUAUUGAAUACUAAAUAUGUAUUGGGUAAUGCUGUAUGUAUUCUUUUUAGAGUAGAAUUAUGUGUAAGACUCAUGCUGUAAGUCUGUAACUGCUCUGCUGCACAGUUGUUUUGUUUAACUAAAGUUUUCAAUGAAAUAUAUGCCAAUGA